CGGAUUCCUAUCAUUUUGGAGUCAUCAGCUUCGAUCAUCUCCAGCUCUUCCAUCAGCUUCUCAUCUCCGGUCAUCUCAGCCAUCACACUCUUCUGUGUCUUCGUGCUAUCAAUCGCUUAACAGCCUCCGAUUUCACAAUGCAGUUCACUACUCUCGCUCUUUUUGUUGCUUCUGCAACUGCCUCCCCUCUCCUCGGACUCAAACUCGGCGGCGUCAGCGUCGGUGUUGGCACUUCCAGCGCUCUUCUGGAUGUGAACCUGGGUGCAGCUAAAUCGUCUUCUGUUGCCGUUGUCGCUGCCGCUGCUACCAAGACAUCCACCAUCACCGCAGUGCCAACCGCUACUAAUGUGAACCCGACUAUGCCUUCGAGCUUUUCUGCCCCAGUUCAGGGCUCCGGCAUUCUCACUCUCGACAACUUGCCUGCUAUGCCAGCCGUCAUUGACAAGACCCUCUCGGGCGUUCUUGGCGCUGUUUAUGGUCUUUUGUCUGGAGUUUGCAGCACCGACUUCAAGUGCACCAUCACCGUUGCAGGAUCCAUUCAGUCUCUACUUGUCGAUGGCGACAAGUACACGGCGAGCAGCAGUAUCUCAGCAUGGUGCGAUAAAGGUCGCUGCUACGGCUCUGCCGAUAUCCCUCUUACGGCUACUGCCCCGUUCACAAUCACUUGCGACCAAGUUACAGGCACACACGCGUGCUCAGCCACCAUUUCGGGAGCCGCCAACGCCAUCUUCACCAACGGUCAACAAGUUGAACUCUGGGGAUGGCUCACACCUGCUGGAUACUGCAAGGAUGGUGUUUGUGUUGCUUCCAUCAGCGCUAUCGGAGACCCAAUGUACUAG